ACGAAUCAUGCGCUUCUGAGCCCUUAAAACAUUUAUUUUGGAAAGUAAUUGAGCGUGUUUUAAUAUUACAGGUGUCAGCAUCCCAUGCUAGGGCUCUCAAUGGACUUGUUUGGACUGUAAACUACAUUUAUGAAUACAACUAUAAGAUCGCCACGCUUUUGCGCAUGCGUAGAGGUCGUCUUUGGAGACAAAAGAAAUGGCCUCCCAUUGAGGCAAACAAAGGCUUGAGAAAAUGAGGUGCCAAGUGGCGGAAUUCGAUGCGAGCGCUCUCAACAAUUUGCACGCCAUCGCGUGGAAGUGGGCAACUCCGGGGGGGGGGGGAGGCGACUCGGCGCACACCCUUCUCAUAGCGCACAAGAAAAGCUGAAUGCAAACGCGCCACUCCGAAGCACAAAAGGAUGAAAUGGCUCGUCGACGGAAAGCCAGCUGUCUCGCUGGAGGAAAACUGGCAAAAACAACAAGAUGGCCACUCGGGCCCGGUGACAAACACGCACGGACGGAAAAGUGUUCCAUCGCAUGUGCAGAAAACAACGUUUCAUGUGUCAGCUGGCGAGAUCAUCAAUUAAGCAAGAUGGGCGGAACUCCUUUUGUGGCCAUGCCGACGAGCUCCACCUGCGCUAACGACCCAUCCGAAUACGAAAGGCUCCCCGUGACGACCCGGGCGGCCGCCCUCCAUUGUCCCGGCGGGCCUUAUAAAGCGCCGCGCGCCUCCGGGGCGUCCGUCCACGAGAGAUCAUGCAGAACCCCGGCGAGCGGCUCCGAGCUCGAAUCCCUCCCGACGGCGGCGGCGUUCGCUGGGAAGUCUUCCGCAGGAGCACCACCUACCUGGCCCGCGUGGCCGUCAUCCUCCAGGACGCCCCGGAUAAAAUGCUCACCUUCAUGCAGCUGAUGGACCGGCUGGGGCCGCUGGUCCGAGAGGACAGGAAGUCCAUCGAGAACAACAUCAGAGUGUGUUUGUCCACCAACGACUGCUUCGUCAAGAUCCGGUUGCUUCCCGACUCCCUGGCCAGCAAGAGGAACUUCUGGAAGCUGGACCUGAGCCACAUCACGGCCAAAAUGGUGCGCCGUCACUUCAAGGACAUCCUGGACUUCUUCCCCGAGCUGCGCGGCCGGCGCGACGACGGCGGCGGCGGGGAGACCGCGGCGCCGUCCGUCCACAUCCGCUGCGAGGUCAAGUUCAGCGGACCCUUCUCCAUCGAGUCCCUGCUGCAACGGGACAGCCCGGCCCCCGGCGGAACCCCGCCGCCGGCCGGCGUGCCCGUGCCGACCGAGCAUCAUCAUCAUCAUCUGCAUCAUCACCUGUAUCUUGCCGCGCGGCGGGGCCACAAGCGGAACCUCCGAUGGGACUCGGAGGACGUCGUCCCCGUGCGCGUUCCCGCUGCCUUGCCGCGCCCGGCGGGCGCCGAUGUCCGGCGCGCGAUCGGCAAGCGCUCGUGCGCCGGACCCCCUUUGCCCGCCUGCGCCAGCAAUCUCUUCCUCCCGUACCCGACUUAUGAUGUGCCCCACUUUCGUUUGUGAACAAACCAAAAAAUUGCACUUUUCUAUGUUUGACACGUGCGACCCGUUUUUUUGUUUCGCUUUUUUUUCCCCCUACGCAGGCGCACCGACGCAGUGUGUAAAACGGGACAAUUUUGGAUCUAUUUUUAUUACAACAGUAUUCAGCUUUUGACUUCACAUUAAAUGAUUUCUUGUC